AUGGGUUUUCCGGUGGGCUACACAGAGCUCCUCCUCCCAAAGCUCUUCAUCCACACUCUCUCUCUUCUGGGUCUCAUCCGAAAACUCAUCUCCACCUUCUUCUCCUUACUGGGUUUCCAAGAUUUCAUCCAACCCGACAAUGCCUGGGCCGACCCACCCGCCCCAUUCCCCGAGUUCCACUCGGCGUCGGCCGUUCUGAUCCGCGAAAUCCUGCCCGUCGUCAAGUUCUCGGACCUGGUCGACCCGCCCGAGUCGUGCGCCGUGUGCCUGUACGAGUUCGAGAACGAGGACGAGAUACGAAGCCUCACGAAUUGUCGUCACAUCUUCCACAAAGGGUGCGUGGACCGGUGGGUCGGUUACGACCAGAAGACGUGCCCGCUGUGUCGUACGCCGUUCAUAUCGGACGAUAUGCAGGGCGAUUUCAAUGAGAGGCUUUGGGCGGCUUCUGGGAUCCCCGAUUUUUACGACCAUUUUUAUCCCUAUACUGAUAAUGGUUUAGAUUUGUAG